GAGUUGAAAUUUGACCCUGGCUUUUGAGUGUUUUCAUUUUGCACAUGUAUGUGUGUGGAAGUAUUCUGCCCAACCAAUAGCAAACGCGAGUGCGGUUUUAAAUGUUUCUCCCUUGUUUCUCAGCUGUUCUAUCAUUCCCACUGACAUACAUAACGUGGCUCUCGGCUUGAAGAGGCAGACGAUAUUUUUCGCCCUGUUUGAAUAUUUUGAAUUGAGUUGAUAUCGAAUAACUGGGACCGUGUCUAGCAGUGAUUCUUGUUUCGAAUUAAAUUCUGCGUUUCGUUUUCGGAUUUUGUUUCGAUUUUUUUUCCGGUUUUGAUUAUUUUUGUAUCGUAGUUGAAUUUGUUUUACAAAAAUGGAGGCAAUUAAAAAGAAAAUGCAAGCUAUGAAGUUAGAGAAAGAAAAUGCCGUGGAUAGAGCUGAAGAAGCUGAACAAGCAGCUAGGGAAGCAAAUCUCCGAGCAGAAAAGGCAGAGGAUGAGAUUCGACAGUUGCAGAAGAUGAUACAGAGCCUCGAAAAUGACCUGGACCGAGUACAAGCUGAUCUGACGCAGUCCAACGUAAUUCUGGAGGAAAAGGACAAAAUGUUACAUGCUUCUGAAAGUGAAGUAGCUGCUCUCAAUAGGCGAAUUCAAUUGUUGGAAGAAGAUUUAGAACGUUCUGAAGAAAGAUUAAAAAUUGCCACUCAGAAAUUAGAAGAAGCUUCCCAAGCUGCCGAUGAAAGUGAACGUAUUCGUAAAGCAUUGGAAAAUCGUACAAAUAUGGAAGACGAUAGAAUAUCUCUCCUUGAAACUCAAUUAGGUCAAGCCAGAUUAAUUGCCGAGGAAUCUGACAAAAAAUAUGAGGAGAUGGCUCGUCGAAUUGCAAUGCUAGAAGCAGAUUUGGAACGUGCAGAAGAAAGGGCAUCUUUAGGUGAAAGCAAAAUAGUGGACUUAGAAGAAGAAUUGCGUGUUGUGGGCAAUAAUAUGAAAUCCCUUGAAGUAUGCGAAGAGAAGGCUUUACAGAAAGAAGAAGCAUAUGAUUCAACUAUUCGUCAACUGACACAAAGGCUGCAAGAGGCUGAAGCUAGAGCUGAAUAUGCUGAAAGAUCAGUACAAAAACUUCAAAAAGAAGUGGAUAGACUUGAAGAUGAAAUUUUGAUGGAGCGUGAGAAGAAUCAUCUUUUGCAGGAAGAGGUUGAAAGUACACUCAAGGACAUCCAAUCGAUGUGAGCUUUCAUUUGUACAUGGUGCUAGAUGAUCCUGAUUGUGCGUCAAAUCUUGUAAGCUGCCUCCCUUCUCUGGUGACCAGUUUUGUGGAGCUUACUGGAUGUUCAAUUGCCAACAAAUGUUUCUGCCUUUCUUUCUACAAAAAAAACAAUAAAAUGUUACUCCUCUUCCUUUUCCUUCUCUUCUUUUUCUUAAGAUUUUAAAAAUCCCCCCCACAGAUUCAUCGCUUAGUUUUUGUGAUAUUUUACUCUUUUCUCUCCUAUGUAUGUUUUGUAACCAUCUUUUCAAUUGCUAUUAACCCUCAUGUUUUGUAUUGUGAAAUGGAUUGACAACCAUUUUUUAAUAUUUUAUAUAUAUAGUUGCUUUUUUUAUUAUAUCACUGAUUGAUUGAAGCGAAGUGGAGUUGCAGAGCCUUUUUUGUAAUUUUGUUGCAUUCUGUGGCCAGAGGUGGUCGAUAAAAAAAAAACUUAAUGUAAGUAAAAAAAAAAAAAGUUAUCUGUGUUGGUGAUGGAAUUAUGUUUUUGUUUUUCCUCUUUGCUGUGAGGGAAAAAAGAAGAGCCUUUCUUUUCUCCCUUUUAUCACUUGUGUCUUGUAUUUAUGUGGUUCAGGCUUCUGCUUCAUUUGAGAAGAACUGUGAAAAGCCGUUAGCUCUGUGCACAUUUUUAAAGUUUAACUGUUAAAAAUCUGAAAAUGAACUCUUUGACAUCACCUUUUGAAGGAUGUUUCUAUAUUUGCAUUAUUAGGAUUCUGUUUCAAAUGCACAGAAGUUGUGCAGUGUUAUACUUUUUUAUUCAGCAACAAUCACUGCUAAUUCAUGAAAAAGUGCUGAAAAUGUUUUAUUGUAUUCAAUUUUUGUCUGCCAAUAAAAUUCAUGUAGAUUAUUAAAAA